UCUAAAUAAUGAGUUGGCGCCUAUAAAAAGUGCUUUACGCUUCACGGAUGAAUCACAGUGAUCUGAAGUGAUCUUAGCGAGCUGGUAAUAUUUACCAGACCGUUAAACGUAAACCAAUCUAAAGGGGAUAAUAACUUUUGUGAAAUAAGAAAUUAGGCGGCGGUGUCCUGCUGUGCAUCGAAGAUUGGAUAAAUCAUCAUUCCACUGGCGUUUGGAAGCUUUAACUUUGCUCAACAUGUUCAAAUCGUUGGUUCUUGGCUUGACGCUGCUUUCAUGCGCGCAUAAUUCAUUCGCAGGAUUUCUUGGCGGCUAUGGCUUAGGUGGAUACGGUUUGGGCGGCCACUAUGGUGGCGGCUAUGGUUAUGGGCAUUAUGGUGGCGGCUAUGGUUAUGGACAUUAUGGUGGCUUUGAUCAUGGCUACGCAGCGCCUAUCAUUACCAAGACGAUUGCCGCAGCGCCAGUGAUUACGAAAAUUCAAGCCGCACCCAUCAUCACGAAAACUAUAGCGGCGCCAAUUGUGACAAAGACCAUCGCCGCUGCGCCCAUAUCAAUCGGACAUGGCUACGGCUAUGGCUUGGGACAUGGCUUGUAUGGAGGCCAUGGAUACUAUGGAGGGCAUGGCUUGUUGGGAGGACUGUACGGACAUGGUUAUGGUUACGGACAUGGCUGGUAG